AUGAACCCGACGCCCUGCAGGUGGUGCCGUCCCGUCCUGCUAAGUCGUGCCGGGCUGUUUAGGGAGAGCAUCUCCGCAACAAAACCGACUGGAGGAGACAAACGUCUGGCAAAGCAGUCCUGCGCUCCGACACAUGCUCGCACUCGCUACCACAGAGAGCUGCGCUCCUGCUGUCAAUGCGUCCUCUCCGAACCCAUCACAUCUCAUUUAGUCGCGUCGGCCGUUUUCCAGCUGAUCGGGUUUUGCGCUUAAGGUGGUUGGCGUGCCAGGCGACGAAAUCGUGGGAACUGUUGGCGAAUUAAAGGGAAUUUGCCUCAGUCCAGCAUUUGCAUUGGAUCCGAGAGACAGAAGCUCUUCUGAUCAGGGUUAGGGAAAAAAGGCACCUGAAUCUACGGGUACUUAUAGGUUGCCCCAUUACUACGGAUCUUGUCCUCCACCUACAGGAUUGGGUCUUUCUUUUUACUCCCAGCAUUUUAAGUUGCUGUCAUUCGGAUCGUCCUCGGAUUUGCGCUUGUGCCCAAGUGGUGAAUUGUCCCUCGGCAGAGAUGGAUUUCUUCCCGGCUUUCCUCAUCUGCUUGCUCACUUUCCCGGUUUUUGGGGACAACACGAGUGGCAGAUCGCGGAGCUGCGCUGAUAUCAGGCACUUCUACAGCGGCAAAGGUUUCAGUUUGAACGGAGUCCCCGACAGCGAGAUAUCUGGUGAGCACCUGCGCAUCUGUCCCCAGGGCUACACCUGCUGCACCAGCAAGAUGGAAGAGCAGCUGUCCAAUCAGGGCCGGUGGGAGGUGGAGGAGCUGGCGAGGGAGGCAGGACAAGCACUGCUGUCCUCACUGCAGAGCCAAUACAGGAGCUUCGAUGGCUAUUUUCUGGAGCUACUGAACCACACUGAGUCGUCGGCGCUGCAGUCGCUGCGCGGCGCAGGCGGGAAUGCAUAUGCGCAGAAUGCACACCUCGUCCAGGGCCUGUUCGCUGAGCUGCGCCGCUACUACCGUGGUUCCGGCGUAAACCUUGAGGAGGCGCUCAACGAGUUCUGGGCUCAACUGCUGGAGCGCAUGCUUAAGGCUUCGAACCCGCAGCGUGGCUCGGGCGACGACUUCCUGGAGUGCGCCGGGAAGCAGGCAGAGGUGCUGCGGCCAUUCGGCGACGUGCCUCGCGAACUGAAGGCAAAGGUGACGCGUGCCUUCGUGGUAGCACGCUCCUUCUCUGUGGGCCUGCUGGUGAGCAGCGACGUGGUCCGCAAGGUGUCUCAGGUGCCGCUCAGCCCAGAGUGUGCCCGAGCCAUCAUGAGGCUCAGCUACUGCCCACACUGCCGUGGCCUGGGGGGCGUCAAGCCCUGUACUAGGUACUGCCGGAACGUGAUGAAGGGCUGCCUGGCUAACCAGGCCGACCUGGACCCUGAGUGGGCCAACCUGGCUGAUGCCAUGGUCCAGGUGACAGAGCGUUUCCGGGGCUCCGUCGGCGUGGAGAGCUGCAUCCUCUCGCUGCCCCUGCGUCUGUCCGAGGCCGUUUCGAGCAUGCGGGAGAAUGCGGACAGCUUCCGACGCAAGGUUCUUCAGGCAUGUGGGGGCCCAAGUGAGGCUGCUACUGGCAGCUCAGAAGCUGAGGAGACUAAGAAGGCAGAGAAAGCACUUGCGGACGAGCAGACCAUCGCUGUGGGGGGGCUGGAGAAGCUGGUGUUGGACGUGUCCGGGAAGCUGAAGGACCUACAGCACUAUUGGGUGCAGUUGCCCAACGCACUCUGCAAUGACAAGGUGACAGCGGGAGAUGACAGCUGCUGGAAUGGGAUGUCACGGGCCAGAUACCUUCCCGAGGUGAUGGGUGAUGGCCUGGCCAGUCAGAUCAACAACCCCGAGGUGGAUAUCGACAUAACCAAGCCUGACAUGACCAUCCGGCAGCAGAUUAUGCAGCUGAAGAUCACCACCAAUCGCCUGAGAAACGCCUUUGACGGCAAUGAUGUGGACUUCCAGGACACCAGUGAUGAUGCCAGUGGGUCAGGGAGCGGAAUGCGUGCUGAUGACCUUUGCCCCCAGCAUCCCUGUGUCAGCAUCACCAGGGCGGAUCAUCCUCAAAUCCAUGCCUCUCCCGUUGAGAACAAAGCUCCCCAAGGUUCAGGCAGCCAGUCCCGCCCCUGCACCAGCCUCCUGCUUCUCUCAUUGGUCGUCCUGCUGCUUCGGCGAUAAUUGAUAGGCCAAUGGGACUGAGGCCUGGGUAUUGGGGAAGGGUCUGGGGCGAGUUGCUUUGCCAAAAAACAGAUGAUGUACGAAUGGAUGGACUUCUAUUAUCUCAGACAAGAGAAAAUUCAAGGAUGGAUUUUUUUAGCUUUACUUCCUUUGUUUUGAUAUUCUGAAUGGUUAAGCCUGGUCUUUCACAUCAUUUAAUUCUGGUGUUUGGGUUCUCUGGAAACUCUUUCCUGAAGAAAUGUGUGUGUGUGUGUGUGUGUGUGUAUAUAUAUAUAUAUAUAUAUACACACACAUAUAUAUACACACAUACAUACACACACACACACACACACACUUGACAUUGAUGUUGUCAAGGGCUGUCUUUCUGGUAGUGCUCAGCUAAUCUCGUGCUUUUCUCUUGGUGUGAAUGCAGGUUUGGUGUUGGAUUGCAGAACUUUCAGCUCAGCUUAAAUGGUUAUCCGCAUGGAACCAGACACAAGGCUGUCAUGUGACAGUCACUCAGUCAGUCAGUAGGGUAACCUGUUGUUGUGGGUGGAGGGGGGAUUCUUAAGGACAUGAAACAGGUUUCCUGUAUCCAGAAGCUGAACCAGAAGCAGAUGUUUAAAUAUGAAUUGCUGUGGGACGUUGCAGGCAUAGCUAGUUUGGCAGUAUAGCCGGUGGAGUUCUUCACUGUGUACCCACUUGUCACAGAGUGAACCACACGCUCCUGUUCCUUUAUUUUGUGUUGCAUCUGAGUGAUGACACCCGCAGCCGGUUCCCAGGCCACCCAGUGACCGUGUCACGGCCAGCUACUGGGCAGCACUUUAUCGAAUGAGUCUGCAGAAUCAGAAAAAUAUCGUGAGUCUCCCUCCACCAAGUUACCUUGCACGCCCAAUAUUGUGCCGUGUUUAUGUUUUUUGCAACCGCCGGCAGGAAGUUGCUAAGUGGCAACACAUCUUAAUGAGGACAACAGAUAAAGAUUGGGUUGCUUUAAAUGGUGCUGAACUGUGGCGAUGUAUUUGUGAAAAUACAGAGUGAGUACGAGUAAGAGUAGAAGAGUGUAGUGCCCCCUUGUGGUGGGGCUGUGAUUUAGUGUUUAAUUGUGGGUGCCGUUCCCGCGCUAAGCUAAAUGGGUGCUCCAGAAUAACGAAAGGGUUUUGACUUAGGGGACCUUUAUCACUCUGCUUUUUGCAGUGUUGGUAAAUAGUAAUAUUUGCACAGAACAAAGUAAGUUAAUGAAUUGACUAAUAGACUUUAAUUAUGUCAAAAUAUACUAUAUUUACAUACUUAUAUUGGAAAAUAUAUUUGAUUGUCAUUCAAAAAAUAUUCUGAAACAGAUGAAAAAUGCCAAGUAAAACAAUGGGAUUUCCAUCUAUACUUCAGUCUGUAGUAUACUUUAACAAAAAAAUAUUGGAAAAAAAUAUUAUUUAUAUAAUUUUUUCUGUUUUAAAUUAUAAUGCUGAAUGUAGGGCCGCUUUAGUGGAUGGGGGCUCUUGAAAAUAUAAGAAACAGAAAAAUAUCUAUGGUUUCUUUAUGGACAAAAUAGCCACUUUUCUAAUCAUAUGCAGAUAUCAUAAAAACAUUGUAAAGUGUGUGUGUUUGUGUGUGUGUGCGUGUGUGUGUGUGUGAGUAUAUGUGUGUGUGUAUACACACACACACACAUAUAUAUAUAUAUGAAUGAUAUGACGAUAGAUGUGGCAGUAAGUCAUAUAUCUUGUGAUAUAUGUUUGAUAUAUGCUUUGAUAUAUUUUUACUCAUAUUAAAGAUGAGCUCCUUAUUUUUUGUUUUAUUUUAACCUUUAUUUUAACUUGUAACAGGUUUGUUAGGAGCAUCACUUGUAAAGGACGUCUUUAGAAACUGCACACCAGUGACCAAGGGAGUGAAAUCUUCUAAAUUGUCUGAAGAUGGAUAUAAAAAGAACCGCAGGCAUUUGAAUGUCAACAUUUAAUGCUUUCCCCCAUUUUACAGUUUUGUAUAUAGAAAUAUAUGGAGAAAAACCUUCACAGACUUAAAGUUUAAAGGAGAUUCCCUAAUCUGUCAGUUGCUGUUAGCCAUCACUGCAAACCCGUGUCAGUUGUUUGUGAUUAGAUGUUGAAUGUGUCUGUGUGACGAUCACCCCAGCAGACUUGCUUCCCGGUCUGGAUCUUUGUAAAGAGAGUGACGUGAGUCUCUGUGGUCAUGCUUGAGUGUAAAUGGCACCCCUUUUGUAAGACACCCAUCACAGCAAUUAGCAAAAAGCAAUAAUUAACAAAGUAAAAGCUAUUACUGACUCCA